GUGGGCGGUGGGGAGGGUGUGAUUUAGAUAACUGGAUUGGACGCCGUGGGAUCGGGAAGGGGAUUCUAGUAGCUACAUCCCAGGGGUCAGAUCUCAGCGCUUUUGGGAGAAACAAAAGCCUUCAAUAAACUAUGGCGAACCAUCGCGAGAAGAAGCUCAAGCGAGAAAGGGGCUACACGCCUCCACUGUCGCCAUCUCUGCACUCUAGUGGACGCGAAGGCACGAGGGACCGCAGGCGGACAUCCACAUCACCGCCCCCUGUUCCCCGGCAUCCCGUACAGAGCAUGCAAGCCGCCUUUGAGGAAUCCAUCCGUGAUGUCCAGGUUGGAGCGCGGAAUUCGGAGACUGAGGAUUCAUCGUCGAGGAGCAGGAAACGUCAACAGAAGAGUGGGGGGCAUGAGUAUCAUCGGUUAUCGAAGAUUAUUUCGCAGAUCGCUUUUGGCAUUCAUCUUCUGCACGGCCGCCUGGCGAAAUCUGACUCGGAAGUCGUGAGGAUCUUGCAAUCCCAUGUGAAUGAUAUGGACGAAUUCAUCUCGAAAACCACGAGGGAUUUUGACCUAGCAAAAUCGGAUAUAUCGCAACGGCUGAAACAUCUUAGGGUUCCAUUGGAUUCGGAACCUGCGUCAGCAGCAUUCGACGGUAUGCUUGAGAGUCGGGAGUUUAGGUUGCAGAUAUUGGAGGGCAAUGAGAAUGUGGAGUAUGUGGUCGAGCGCACAAUGGCUGCCAUGAAGAGGGCCUUGAAGGACGUGGCGGAGGGGCUGGCCGCGGUGGAUGAUAUGGCUAAAUAUCUGCUGGGACUGAAGGAGGGGUGGAAGGGUUCGAAUUUGGUUAGGGUUUACGCCGCCAUGACAUUUAAUGUUGAGCAGUGGUUCAGAGGUCUCGUGGCUCUGCAGACGAAAUCAGUAGCCUUGAAUGAGGAGAUAGUGCAGCUGAAGGGUGUGUUGGGAGAGAUUGAAAGGAGGACCGGGAUCGCGAGCAGGAAGAAUAAGGUAUGCGAUGUUAAUGAUAUCGGGACGGGUGAUGACUGAAAUUUCAUGAUAUCUAGGAAUCUCUGGCUGUGGUCCCUCAGGGUACAAAAAAAAAAAAGGUGGGCGAUAUUGAUUGAAUGACAUCUGGAAUCGAAUAACGAAUAAACUUCUAGUCUUCGUCUCGAUUAAACAAGUCUCUCCCACCCACGCCUGCCCCUGACACACUGCUGAAUGCCAUCGAUGUUCGCAUUAGCAAUUCGCACAAGGAUUCGAGACGCCUCAGCCGCCCCACCUCUCAGAUCCUGGAGCCCGCUCGAUCGCGCCCACAGCGUCUCCCCCACCGCCACUCAUUCCUCUCGACAUCCCUCUCAACACCGGACGCUAGCACCCGGACCCUUUCAUCCGUAGGAGAAUACGACUCUGAGAUGGAAGAGGACAGAUGGAAGAGCAGCAGGGUCAGGGUGAGACCCGUUCCGGAAUUAUGGCCAGAACCGCUAUCCCAGCGUAGCGGGCCUAAGCAUGAGCAGGAUGAUGGUCAAGAGGACGGAGAUGACUUUGCCUUCCGGCCGGAUAAGGAGGAGAAGAAGGACCAGAAUUUUGUCUGCAGACCCGGUAAAGAUGGGCGUAGGCCAAAGGGGAAGGGGAAGGAAAAGGUGGGGAAGACGGGGAAGACGGGGAAGGGCGAUACGGCGCCCUUCGCUAGGCCCGACAGUUGCGCUGUUAUGUGAUUUGUUUUCAUUAUUGUCCUAUACCUCAGCGUCCCUCGGCGGGCUCCCUUCCCUUUACCUCUGUUUUCUUUCUGGGCGUAUAUUUCUCCUCUGGGUUAUGAGUUUUUUUUCUCUUGCUUUGGCUUCCCCGUACCCAAGUACUUUGCUCCAUCCGUCUACCCGUACAUACACACACGCACAUCUGACAUAUCCCGGGGUUUCCUAUGUAUAGGGCCCUCUGAGCUUGUAACCAGCGCUACCGCACUCUCGUUUUUGGUCUCCUUUAGUGUAAUCUCCUAGAUGACAUUCGUGACUUGGCUUCUCUUCUCAUUUCGCAAGCGGCGGCGCAGGGGCGUUUUUUUUCAGGAUUGUACGAGAAUGAUUUACGUAUGUUCAUUCAGAGACCUCGUAUGUCAUCUAUCUCCACACAUCAGAUGCCCCCCUUCAGUGGAUUCAUGCACCUGGUGCACUGGCAGUGUGUCCCAGGAAGGCCCUGCAUAUCUCAUGCUAAUAUACCAACCCACGGGAAUACACGUUCUCACUGAACUUGCACGUUUCCCUCCGGGGAAGCUCUACUACCUUACCGUAGCUCGAUGGCAUCGGCAGCCUGGUCGCAUGCCCGCUCUCAUGUGC